CUUGUCGAACCAAAGGCUGAAGCGGAAAAGGAGGCUAAACUGAAGAAGAAACAACAAGAAAAAGAGGAGAGGGAACGCAAGGAACGCGAGAAGAAAGAAAAAGAGGCCAAGGAGAAGGCUGCCAAGGAGAAAGCCGCAAAGGAGAAGGCAGCUAAAAGUGUUGCAGCUGAAGGCAUCAAUGGUAACGAUGACUUGAAUGACUCUAGCAAAUCGGAAAAGUCCAGCAAAGGACGUGGUGGUGGUUUUUUCUCGUCCGGUCGCAAGAGCAAGAGCGGCUCCCCGACCAAAGAAUCCAAGCAAAAGGAUGGUAAGAGUGGUGAGUUGGUCUACGCUGAACUUGAACACGGUAAGCCUAAUAAUCAAGCUAAUGAUGAUAAAAACCGAGCUUCACGUCAACCCGGACACACCAGGCCUUAUGAAUACUCAGAUGGUAAAGGUGAAACAAGCCCCACACGAAAAUCUUACAUUCCUGGUGGUUUCCGUUAUGACCAGGAUCCGCAGAGUGGUAAGCGAUCUGGUCAGGAGGGUGAGGGACAGCUGUCACCCACUGCUGAACAAAAGAAGACCGCGAUUGCAUUCAAUUAUGCACCUGGCCAUGAUGACACUCUGAAGAAGACCGCAGAGAAACUAAAGAGCGGCCAGCUAUCACCACGCACGCGUGAUAAGAUAAACAAGGGCCAAUUGUCACCAACGAGUCGCGCGAAACUUUUAAAAGAUGCAAAUCUGUCGCCGACAACACGUGCUAAGCUGCAAGGUAGUGCCGUUGAUGCAGCCGCGUCUCCGUUGUCCGAUGCACAAAAACGAUCUUAUUCGCCAACUAAGGGCCAAGCAGCUGGUUACACUUCAGGUGCUCCUGGCAGUUAUAAGCCACUGGUCGAUCCCACAGCUGCUUUCCUCGAAUCUGAGCGUUACAACAGGGAAGCAUCAGUUGGUUCUGGUACUGGAACUGGUAAAGGUGGCCCCGCCAGUCCUGCUGAUGCAGCAGCGGCUGGAAAAGGAAGGGUUACCACACCAGUUUCUCCUAAAAAAGCCGGCAGUGGGUUGGCUGCAGGCUCUGCUGCUGGAUCCACUCCUGUUAAGCCCAAGAAGAAGCGUGUCAAGAUUAUGGUAAUUACAUCAAAAUUUGAUCCAAUCACGAAGCGCAUAGAUACUGAAAAUGGUGAAAUUGAGCACUCCACGGGCAUACUUGAUCCGGAGAGCGGCCUUAUUGACAGCAAGUAUGGUCAAAUUGAUCCCAGAAAGGGCACUCUACUGGCCUUGAAUACGAAGACUGGCAAAAACGAAUUAUACCAAGGAGAAGUUGAUCCAAAAACUGGAAAUGUACAGCUAGUGUCUGGUGUUGCAGAUCCUAGCACCGGUCGUUUGGAUGAGAGUUUGGGACAGGUAAUUUGUAUUACGCCACAAGACAAUCCCGUGGUGGAACUCAUUGUUAUCACAAGUCGCAUAGAUCCGGCUACAGGCAAAGUUGAUACAGUCAACGGUGAAGUAGAACGCUCUCUUGGAGUACUAAAUGUGGAUUCAGGCCUGCUUGACACAAAAUACGGUGAAAUUAAUACCAGAACGGGCGAGUUGAAAGCUAUCGAUCCGAAAACAGGCAAAAUUGUGGUCUCCAAAAAUGUGAAGGUUGAUCCAGCCACAGGCCAAAUAACUAUAUUGGGGGUCACAGAUCCAAAAACUGGUAAACUAGAUAACGCUCAAGGUCGUAUUAUUGAAGUUGGUCAACAGAUUGAUCCCAUUGUUGAGGUUACUUCACUUGCUGGUAAAUAUGAUUCGAAGAAAAAUAUCAUUGAUCCAAAAACAGCUCAUGUUGAAACUUCUGGUGGCCAAUUCGAUCCCAAGGCCGGCAAGAUUGAUACAAAGUACGGUCAAAUUGAUUUGGUUAAACAUACUAUUACCUUCGCCGAUCCAAAAUCCGGCAAAACUGUUACACGUGAUAUCAAAAUCGAUCCAACCACCGGCCAAAUUGUGCUUAAAAAUCAAAUAAAUCCAAAAAAUAACAAACCUGAUAAAGAUUACGCUCGGAUUAUAUCCUUACGAAUUGUUCAGCAACGAGUAGAUCCGAAAACGAAAGCACCAAUUGCUCAAGUCAGCUCAGCGAAGGACAAGGAGAUUAUUGUCGAUCCAAAAUCGAAUCAAAUUUGGAUGCCCACCGGUGCCAGCGACCCGAAUACAAAGGAGUCUCAAUACAUUUCCAGCAGCGUGGAUCCAAAGACCGGUUACGUCAUUACGAUUUAUGGUUACCUCGAUCCCAAAACGAACGAAAUUAAAAAACAAAACAAACUCGACCCCAACACCACCAAAAUAGAACCAUCCUCUGGUAAGAUCUACACCGCUACCGGAGAGGUAGACAAAACUACCGGCGAACCGCUCUAUGCCACCACCCAAGUUGAUCCCGAAUCUGGCGAUGUGUACACUAAAGUCGGACGUGUUGACCCUAAAAGUGGAAAAAUUGUCAUUGUUCGAGUAUUGCUCAUCUCCAAGACCGAUGAGCGCGGCCGACCUGAAGAAAUCGAUCCAGCGACAUGUGAAAUUGAUCCGGUCUCUGGUCGAAUUCUCAAGUUCUUCAACAAAACUGUUUAUGUUUAUACUAUGAUAGAUCCAGUAACAGGUGAAAUUGUACAGGUUGAUCCCAAUGAUCCACGCUUCGCGGGAGCACGCACCACCGUCACACAAACAAUGACACUAACAGGCGAAAUAGAUCCGGUGACAGGACGUAUUAAGAGCGAAUAUGGCGACAUCGAUCCAAAUACAGGCGACAUCGAUCCAGCCACAGCAGUGCGUGACCCAGUGACAGGCAAAUUGAUUCUCAAUUACGCUCAAAUCGAUCCAUCACACUUCGGCAAAGAGGCGCAAGUAAGCACAACUACCGAGACCGUUCCAAUCACACGCGAGCAGUUCUUCGAAGGCGUCAAACACAUGGGCAAAAAUGCGCUGCGCCGCGACUCAGAGGCCAGUUCAGACGAUGACAUGGCACAGCAGUAUGCCAGUGAGAAUAUUAAGGAUAUGGUCCUGAAUAGCCCCAACAAACAAGCCGAUGGCACAACGGUGACCACAACUACAACAAAACAGGCGGGCAAAUAUGGCACACCAACGGUGGUGAAGACAACCACAAAACAAGUGCUAACCAAGAACGAUGACGGCGUAACGCACAAUGUGGAGGAGGAGGUGCGCAAUUUGGGCACAGGCGAGGUUACCUAUUCAACGCAGGAGCACAAGGCUGAUGCUGAUGUAAGCGGUGCCUAUGUAACCGCCACGGCCGUGACCACCCGCACAGCCACUACCCAUGAAGAUUUGGGUAAGAAGGCUAAAACCGAGCAACUCGAAGAGAAAACAGUGGCGACGACGCGAACCCACGAUCCUAAUAAGCAGGAACAGCGAGUCGUCACACAGGAAGUAAAGACCACUGCAACGGUGACUAGCGGUGAUCAGUUCCGAGACCGUGGAGACAGUAUUUCAUCGACUAGUUCUGGCGACUCGGGCACGCCCAUCGACGGCCCAUAUGAUGGGUCCAGUGUGGUGCGUACCUCGACCAGUUCCAAGCCUUCGCCUUUGAUUGGAACCAGCUCCACUACGGCAGGCCCACAUGUUGAACAGACCCGCGUCAUAUUGGGAGAAGACACUCCUGGCUACUCGGGACAUGGCGAAAUAGUUUCAACCCAAACGCUCAGCAGUAAAACGCGAACUGUGGAAACUAUAACGUAUAAGACCGAACGUGAUGGCAUUGUGGAAACGCGAGUAGAGCAGAAGAUCACCAUACAAUCAGAUGGCGAUCCAAUUGAUCAUGACAAAGCAUUGGCUGAGGCAAUUCAGGAAGCGACAGCCAUGAAUCCAGACAUGACAGUGGAGAAGAUUGAAAUACAACAACAAACGCAGUAAAAUCAUUAUCUGAAUACGCCCAAUCUACAUAGUAUAUAACAUAAAUAUCCAAUAUAAAUAUAUAGUUUAACUUAAAAGCACCCGCACAUAUACAAAUGCAAGAACCACAUUAGCCCACAUACAUACGAAUGUCUACAAAAAAGCCUUUGACAAAAAAUUUUUUAUAAAUAAUGCUAUAUUUAAAAGAAACCAAUAAGCAAGAGAAAAACUAAACAUAUUUUUUAUUACAUUAUUUUUUUAAUUAUAUUUAAGCCGAUAAUUAUUAUUAAAAACGGAGUAAAUAUAUGUUAAAGUAAAUGCGAAAUUUGAACUAACCUAACAAUUUAAGUUAAAAUAAAUGAAAAGCUUUUAUUAUUAUCUUUGUAAUGUUGAUUUUUUUUAUGUGAAACUGACUAUAAAUACAUUAAACAAUUAAAUAUUGUACAUGCAUUAUGAGAUAAACAUAAAUAAUUACGUAUGUACGUCACUUAGAGAACGGAAGUGAGUGAACGGUUACGGAGGAUACAUGUAUAUUUAUUAAAACAUACAUAUAUCGUCGGUGAUACUGCAAAACGUUCUAUGUCGCUUAUUACCUCUGGUGCUUAAUUGAUCUGUUAUCUGUAUUUGAUUGCUUCUGGCAAUCGUUCAUCUUUACCAGCCAAAGGUAGACAGUUUUGUUAUUCGUUUAUUAGAGUGUAACGAUUUGCAGAUGCCGUCCGGUGCAAGCAAGAGACCAUCUAAGUGUCAAGGGUACUAAUAGACAUAGACCGUUUUGCAGUAUCACCGACGAUAUAUACAUACAUACAUAAAUACAUACCUAUGUACAUUAGGCAUAUGACUUUUUUUAGUAUUGUAUAUACUUAUGAGUAGGGAAUGAGGAGUGGUUGAAAACUAACAAGAAUAAUGCUUGUAACAAUGUUUGGUAAAACAGGUCACGUAGGAAACUCCGAAAAAGAAUAUAUGGCGUCUUUUACUUUUACUUGAGUAUUGUCUACAUCAUGCAUACAUAUGUGCAUGCGUAUGUGUGGAACUGAAAAAAAUGAUAUACAUAUAAGGAAAAUUCCAAGUCAACCGAAUAAUCACUGCGACCAAAAAUUGAAGGCACAAAUUUUUAAUUGCAGUCAUAAUUCGGUUGACAUGGAAUUUUCCUUACAUUUGUAUGUAUGUACAUUUUCAUAGCUGUAUUGAUUAACAAUAGCUCAUUAGGAGAAAAUAUGUCUUAAUUUUUACUACGGGAGCGUAUGUAAACCACUACAUAUAUAUGCCACUAUUGCAAAAAAUCGACGAUAAUAUAUACUACAUAUGUACAUACAUAUGUAUAUAUACCAUUUUUACAAAUUCGUUAUCGCAAUACCCUGGGCGAACUUUUUAUAGCAAAUUUUCACAAAAGCGUUAUUUUUGUUGGUUUUUUAUCGCUCCUGGUUCUCUACUCAUAGGUAAAUAUCGUUCGCUCAGAGUGAAAAUUGGUUAAGUACAGUUU